GCCGCGGAUCGUUGUUGUCGAACACGUUUGUGCAAGGACGAAGCGCCUAAAGACACAAAAGUGCGCAGUGUAGGCGGGGACCAUGACUGGCACGGCUCCGGAUAUUCACGCCAACUCUGUCUACUUAUUAUUUUUCAUUUAUUAGCGUUUUGAUCGCGAUUUAAAAGCGCUAAAGCUCAGAAUUAGUGCAGAAAAGCUAGCGUCUCCAUUCAACUUGCGUCUGUUUUUGACAAGUUGCUGCCUGGACGAUCCUUACGAGCGUUGCCAUGACGUUCCUCUCCAUCUCGAGCUUCUGCGAAUCCAACUCGUCCAUCUCCAAAACGUGGGUGGACCAAGGCUUAGCUCCGUGUUUCUACUUCACGCUCGUCCCCACCGUCCUCCUCUCCUUCUCCUUCCUCCUCGGAACGCUCCACUGCAUCUUCUACCAAAAAUAUGGCACCCAGAUGGAGCCGAAAUUCAGACCCAAGUCGUGUUUAUACGCCGUGCAGCUGGCGUUGUCCGUCGUCGUUCUAGUCCAGUUCGUGGGUCUGGUGAUUUGGCGAGUGGCGGCGGCGGCGAGCGGCGGCGGCGAGCUCCCCGGUUACGUGUUGCUGUACGGGAUUUUCGGCGCGGCGGUUUGGGUUUGGGCGCUGGGUUUGCUGCGGGUGGAGAGGAGGAGAGCUCUGCUGAUGGACCGGACGCGGGGACACAGCGCCGUCCUGCUGCUGCUCUGGGCGCUCGCCUUCGCCGCCGAGAAUCUGGCCUUCGUGUCGUGGUUCAGCCCAAACUGGUGGUGGAGCGUCGAGACCGUCCAGCAGCAGGUGGAGUUCGGCCUGUGGUUCGUCAGGUACUCGUGCACGGGGCUUCUGUUUUUCAUCGGACUCAAAGCUCCAGGGUUACCGCGGAAACCGUACAUGCUGCUGAUCAACGAGGACGAGCGCGACGUGGAGCAGAGCCGACAGAGUCUGUUGGGGACACAGGGGGACAGCGCCUCCACCUGGCAGGGUUUCAGACAGAAGGUGCGUCUGUUGUUGCCGUACAUGUGGCCCAGAGGAAACCUGCUCCUCCAGCUGCUCGUGCUCUUCUGUCUGGGGCUGCUGGCAGUCGAGCGAGUCAUCAACGUCUUUGUGCCCACGUACUACAAGAACAUAGUGAAUGAGCUGACUGACAACAGCCCGUGGCACACUCUGGCCACUACAGUCUGUAUCUACGUCCUCCUGAAGCUGCUGCAGGGAGGAGGAGCAGGCUCGUCUGGUUUUGUGAGUAAUCUUCGCUCCUUCCUGUGGAUCCGGGUUCAGCAGUUCACAAACCGCGUGGUGCAGCUGCGUCUCUUCGCUCACCUCCACUCUCUGUCCCUGCGCUGGCACCUGGGACGAAAGACCGGAGACGUGCUGAGGAGCAUCGACCGAGGAACCAGCUCCAUCAACUCCCUGCUCAGUUACAUCGUCUUCAGUAUCUUCCCGACCAUCGCGGACAUCGUCAUCGCUAUUAUUUAUUUCAUCACAAACUUCAACGCCUGGUUUGGUCUCAUCAUAUUUGUCUGCAUGACUCUGUACCUGACGUUGACGAUUAUUAUCACCGAGUGGAGGACGAAGUACAGACGUGACAUGAACCAGCAGGACAACAACGCCAAGUCUAAAGCCGUGGACUCUCUCUUAAACUUUGAGACGGUGAAGUAUUACAAUGCAGAAAACUACGAGGUCAGCAGAUUUGAAGACGCCAUCUUGAAAUAUCAGGAGUCUGAAUGGAAAACUCAGGCGUCUCUGGCGUUUCUGAACCAGACUCAGAACUUGAUCAUCGGCGGCGGUCUUCUGGCCGGGUCGCUGCUCUGCGCCUACUUUGUCACCGAGGGCAAGUUUCAGGUUGGAGAUUUUGUCCUUUUUGGCACUUAUAUAAUUCAGCUGUACACUCCACUCAACUGGUUCGGGACUUACUACAGAAUGAUCCAGAACUCAUUUAUAGACAUGGAAAGCAUGUUUAAACUGUUCGAAGAAGAGGAAGAGGUCAAAGAUGAAGUCAACGCUGGAAACCUGAACUUCCAACAGGGAAAAGUGGAGUUUGAAAAUGUUUAUUUCAGCUACACCAGUGGUAAAGAAAUCCUCCACGACGUCUCCUUCACUGUACUUCCUGGACAAACUGUUGCUUUGGUGGGCCAGUCCGGAUCAGGAAAAAGCACCAUAAUCCGCCUGCUUUUCCGUUUCUACAACAUUCAGGGAGGUUGUAUUCGCAUCGAUGGACAAGACAUUUCCAAGGUGAAGCAGACGUCUCUCCGCUCUCACAUCGGCGUCGUUCCUCAGGACACGGUUCUGUUCAACGACAACAUCCGAGACAACAUCCGCUACGGACGAAUCUCCGCCUCCGACCGCGAGGUGGAGGAGGCCGCCCUCGCCGCAGACAUCCACGACAAGAUCAUGGCUUUCCCCGAUGGUUAUGACACACAGGUGGGCGAGCGAGGGCUGAAGCUGAGCGGGGGAGAGAAACAGAGAGUGGCCAUCGCUCGGACCAUCCUCAAAGCUCCACAGAUCAUACUCCUGGACGAGGCGACUUCAGCCUUGGACACUCAAACUGAGAGAAACAUUCAGGCUUCACUGGCAAAAGUCUGCGCCAACAGAACCACCAUCGUCGUCGCGCACAGGUUGUCCACGAUCAUUGGAGCCGACCAGAUUUUAGUUGUGAGUGAAGGACGCAUCGCAGAGAGAGGACGACACGAGGAGCUGUUGUCUAAAGGAGGACUGUACGCAGACAUGUGGACGAAACAACAACAAGCCCAAGACACAGACUCGUCCUCGGACACAGAGACUAAAGACAGACAAUCAGAAAAACUCCAGCCUCCUGCAACAUCGUCGGGGCACCGGCAUCACUAAAAAUAAAACCACACGUACAGUUUAAAGAUCCGAUAUUACACAGAACGGACUCUUGUGAGCUUUAAGUCCUCCUCAAAAACAAAACUGGACUUGUGUUUUGUUUUAUUCAUGUAGUUUUCAAGCAGUGGCGGCUGGUGGUAUAAUUUUAUUUGGGGAGGCGCCAAGGCCAAAAUUUAAAAUAUAUAUUAUUAAUAUAUGUAUUAUAUAUAGGCUAUAUAGUAUUAUAGCGAAACAGAAACAGACAGUCAUUUUGGUCACUACUGGCUGAACUGUCAGAGCACAACGCACAGCCAAGUGCAGUUUUACGCAGGUUUACCCAAGUUUACGCAGCAGCACAACCUGAUCCACCGCUCACACCCAGCCCCAACAACACAACGUAACACGGCGCUCACACCCAGCCCCAACAACAUCAGCAAAACUACAAGAGGCUACGAUCACAACAUGACACGACAGAACAACAGCAGCUCCAACACGCAUAUUUAACUAUUAACACUACAACACUAUUCACCUGUGAGGCUCCGUCAUCAGAUUUGCCCAAAACUAAUAAAAAAAAGCCUCUUACCUUCUCCAGAGACUGAAGCAGAGUGUUUCCUCUGUCCGCUGUCCCACUGGUUCUGUCUCCAAAUGUGUAUUGUCCACAACAAAGAGAUGAAACUGGUCCAAAUCCUGGUCCAGUCAGGUCCAAGAGGCGAAUGCACGAACUGAUUGUAAAAUUGUCUUAAUCUCACUUCCAACUUAGAUCUGAAAGUUACACCAGUCCAUAUGAACACCAGGACACCAGGUGGACUUAAGAGCUACGCCCAGUGACACUUUUACACCGAGAAACAAGCGGGUAAAGGCGGAUAGAGCAACGAGAGACUGUCCCUGGCUCCGGCAGAGAGCGGGUCCUGGGUCCUGGGUCCUGGGUCCUGGGUCCUGGGUCCUGGGUCCUGGGUCCUGGGUCCUGGGUCCUGGUCCCGGCGGCGGCUCUGUCCUCGCGCUUUACUCUGAACAUGUUGAAGCUAAAGUCGCUAGCCGCCAUUAGCCAGUGUGCGAAUCAGAAUCAGAGCCGUAGUAUCUCACCGCAGCUCAUUCCAGUUUAAUGCUUCUUUUCUUGUUCUCACUCCCUAAAACUGUUCCUCGGAUGAACUUGUACGAACUCUUCAUAACUUUACAACAAACACUCUGUUGUUCUCGUCAUUAGCGCCUGUCGCAGUAACAUGACGUCAGUGCAGAGUCGGGGCUGAACCACAACAUGUCCAGAUGUGUUCAUGUCAUGGAUCUAUUAAAAUAACAGGUCCAGAUGUGUGUUCAUGUUUAUUAUUCAGAACCAAUCAGUUGAUUUCAUGUCGCUCCGACCCUGCGCCACAAACACGGAUUUUAGCGCUAAUGUAAAGUCAUGGGCAGAAACAACGUAAUGACGUCACAUUUUCUCAAAACUUCAGGCCACAGAAACGUCAUCAGGCCGCUCCGACUCACCGCACUCAAAAACACAUGACUCAAAUAAAAUGAUAUGAGCACAUUUAACGUGAUAAAAAUAUGUCUAUGCAGAUACACGUUACAUUUUAAACAAAAUAUUAAACAUACAGCCUAAUACGAAAUAACAACUUUAUACAUUUUUUUUUCUUUUAUCUAGGUCAAGUUAGGGAGUGCGGCGCUCUUGCGCCCUCUAUUGACCAGCCGCCACUGUUUUCAAGUUCUGUUUGUGACGAGGAAAUAAAAUUAUAACAUAGAUUAUAAAAUAGUGUAAUACGGGCCCUUUAAAUAUUUAUAAUUUAACUUUGUAAGAAUGUUUUGCUCUGGGGAUCGUACAGUAUUAGUGUUUUUAAAGUACAAUGGAAGGAUUUGUAAAGGAGCCUUAAGAAAGCUGCUUCAGUUAAAGUAUAAAAACAACCAAAAAUAAUAUUAAGACCACUGGAAGUUGAAGGAUCGAUGUCCAAAUAUAGUCCUGGUUUAGUCCUGGUUUCGACCUGGUUUUAAGACCUGGUUUAAGACCUGGUUUAGACUUUGUUUAGACCUGAUUUAGACCUGGUUAACUCCAACUCUUGUGGAGUGUAGACCUGCUCUAGAUCUAGUCCUGGUUCCGUCCUGGUUUAGACUUGGUUUAUUCCUGCAUUAGACCUGGUUUAUCCUGAGUUAAACCUGGUUCAGUCCUUGUUAAGUCCCCGGUUAGUCCUGGUUUAGACCUGGUUUAGUUCUGAACAUUUUGUAAAGUCGCUAUAACUUCUAUUACUUUUAUACUUUUUUAUAGUUGUGUAUUUGAAAACACUCCAACUAAAAGCCAUAACUCAACAACAAAAACAUCAGAACUAUGAAACAAACAAAGACGUCCACCAAGGCACUGUCCCUCUCUCGCAAUACUGAGACAGAAUGUCCAAAACCCAAAACAUUUAGUCCUGGUGUUAAAUGUUUUAUACAUUGGUCCAUAAACAGUGACAUGUGCUGAUUGUACAGAUUAAACUUUACUGCCCCCUGCUGGUGCCUCACACUUUAUGGAAGAUUAUAAAUGUUGCAGGUGAAUGUAAAGGGAAUAUUACAAUGAAUGAAACAAAAACACUUAUAUGUGAUUUAAGUGGCUGCUAUCGUUUUAAAUCAUACGUUGGGUUUGUUUUGCCUUCAGGGAUUUUGUUUUUGAUCUUAUAUUUGUUUUAUUAUUUUUAUGUGUUAAAGUUUGACAUUUUGUGUAUAAAUGAAAUCAAGAAGGUUAUAGUUAAGAUUACAAUGUCUUAUUUAAAUAUAUUUGUUGCUUAAAAUAAAUCUAAAUACAAUAUA